ACAGCGUGAGGCGGCGACGGCGGCCAUGGCGGACGGGGCCGGUAGCAACGGGGACGCUGCGGGGCCGCUGGUGGGCAAAGAGGCGGUGGAGCGGCUGAUCCGGGAGAACGGACACAUUUUCACCGAGGCGCAGUGCAAGGUGUGCAGCGCCCUGCUCAUCUCCGAGUCACAGCGGCUGGCUCACUACCAGAGCAAGAAACACGCCAACAAGGUGAGACGGUACCUGUCCAUCCACGGCGGGGAGGAGGGUGCCCAGGGGAAGAAGAUGAAGCUGGAGGUGAAGCAGGACAGCAAGCAGGAAGGCAGCAAUGGGGAGGACAGGAACAAGUGUUGUCCCAUCUGCAACAUGACCUUCUCCUCUCCGGCCGUGGCAACAUCUCACUACUUGGGCAAGACUCAUGCCAAGAACAUGAAGCAGCAGGCCCCCAAAGUAGAAGAAACGGUGCCCCCACAGAAACACCCUGCUGCUCCCCCCACCUCUACUGCAUCUUCUAACGAAGAGAACAAGGACAUUACUGACCCGGACAAGUUCUGUAGCCUCUGCCAUGCCACUUUCAACAACCCCCUUAUGGCAAAACAGCACUAUGUAGGCAAGAAGCACAGAAAGCAGGAGACCAAACACAAGCUGAUGGCACACUAUGGCCGAACCCCCGAUGCACCAGCAUCAUCCUUCAUGGCUGGGAAGGGCUACCCCUGCAGCACAUGUAACAUAGUGCUGAACUCCAUAGAGCAGUACCAAGCUCACAUCAGUGGCUUCAAACACAAGAAUCAGAUGCCAGGAGCAGUGCAGGUUGUCGGACCGUUCCCACCACAGCAGUAUGUCCGGGAAGAGUCAACUGCCCCAGGAGGCUACAGUUACUUCAGCCAAGACUUCUAGAGCAAGUUGCAGCACUAUUCUUGGAGUUGUUGGUGGCCCCAGAACGCACAUCCUUUGCCAGCCCACAAUGGUUUCAUUAUCCCUCUGGAUAAGCAAAGCCCUACCCUCCUGUGUAUACCUGUUGAGCAGAACGGGGACUGAAUCUGUCAGGAAAAGGAUCCAGCUGGAAGAGACUUGCUAGAAAGCAAAUACUUCA